AGCGUGAUGGACAUUAAAACAAACGUAACGAGCUCCAAUCGGCUCCCAGGAGAGGCGGGACCAGUAUGGAUAACGGACCUAAAAAAAAAAAUCUCCCAGUCUAUUAUUAUUAACGGACACGUUUGCUGAUAAUUACAUGACUGCCUAUAAGAAACGAUAUGAGAAUGUGAAUGCGUUGGACACAGUGGAAAGAAGAUGCUGUCUGCCGAGCUGGAAACACACUAAACUUCUGUCUGUCUCCUCCUCUGGUCUCCACUGAGUGAGAUGUCUCUGGCUCAGAGGGUUUUGUUGACCUGGGUCUUUACCCUGGUUUUCCUCAUUAUGCUGGUGCUCAAAUUGGAUGGAAAGGUGCAGUGGAACUGGUUCCUCAUCUUUCUCCCUGUCUGGGUUUUUGAUGGCAUCCUCAUCCUCAUGCUCGCCAUCAAGAUGGCAGGCCGCUGCAAGCCGGGAUACGACCCGCGCAACGGCUCUCCAGACCUGCGCCUGCGAGGCUGGUACCUGACAGCCAUGCUGCUGAAACUCGGCUUCUGCCUGACGCUGUGCGCCAAACUGGAAAGGCUGGCCGACGUGAAGCUGACGUUUGUGUGCAUACCACUGUGGACCAUGUUAAUGGGGGCGCUGGUGGAACUGGGGUUGAAUAUCUUUCCUGAAAGGAGAGAGGCUUAGUAGCCGCCUAAGACCUCGACAAACCUGUGUAAAAACACGAAGGCAGACAUUGGGAGGAGAUUUGUGUUUAUCUGGUCUCGGCUUUGUGAAAUAGGAGCUUAGCCUGAUUAUGUUUCCAGAGAAGAAUCAAAUCUCUACUUCAGCUAUCAGUAUUACUGUUAAGAACAAGAGACUUUGUGUAGGCAGAUCACACAGUUGGAAGUGCACAGAUUUCAUCAUAACUUACUUGGAAAAUGUGGCCUGAUCUUCAUCACACUCACAACUGCAGAGAAACACAAUCUGGCUAAACUAAUGAAGCACAAACAGGAUUUUGGAUGACGUUAUAAAAGAAAUAACUCCCAAGCCCAGGCUGGAGAAUGGACGUGAAUCUGAAAAAGCACCUUAAUGAGAUCAGAGAGCAAACAAGCCUGGUUCCAUGCUUUCGUUUCAGUGACUUCUCACAGGAACUUAGAAGAAGCAUUUGCAGGUUCACAAAACCGGAAAAAAAGCUACUGAAUGUUCAUCGAGUCACACUAAGAAGAACUCUCAGAGGAUAUUCAGGAAAGCUGCUACCUUGCCAGGGAGGUGAAAAAGAAACCAAGGGUAAUGACGAAAACCCCUGCAAACAGCUGAAUAAAGUUUACCAUAAGAAAAACACUUAAGAAUGAUGUUAUUGGAAGAACUUGAGGAAGAAAAGCGCACUACAAUACAUCCCAUAUUGGAAAAGACUAUAUCUGAGCACUCAGUCUUUUGGAGAACAAUAAAUAAAAGUUAACCCCAACAGCGAAGCAUGGUGGAGGUGCUAUCAUGGUUUGGAGAUGCUUUGCUACCUCACAGCCUGGACACCUGUCAGAAUUUAUCACCUUAACCCGAGUGGACACUGUUGGUGCUAAAGGAAGUACAAUGGGUGUGGACUGUGAGCGAUUACGCUGUGUUUUUUUUUAUACAAAUACAUACGUGCUAGUUUAGUCAUAUUAUAAUCUUAAACCUUUCCUGCAGCUGUGGGUGUUCAGGCCUCACCAGACGCGUGUGCAUCAGUAGAGCUGGGACUCUACUGAGCUGCUACUAAGUUGCGUAAACAUGGCAAAAAUAGCUGAAAGAUGGCCAUAUGGAAACAGCUGUAUCUGUAAAACUACUGUGAAGCCAACACUGAAAGCAAAAAACCCAAAACAUCCUCUGAUGCUUUGUGUUUUUAUGGAUUGAAAAUGUCCAGUAUUGUUUUUCUAAAGUUUAUUUUUGCUGGAUGUAAAUGACGGCAGCUGCACAGGCAGGAACUGAAUCUACUUCCUGUGUAACUAUCACGCUUGCUACCAAACUACGGUGUAAAUUUUUGCUUCGUUUUCCAGGUUUGUUUUUUAAAACUUUAAAAAGACAGCAGUGAGCUUAGCUGCAAACACAGAAGCGGGGGAUUUAAGAAGCAUCUGAUGUGCUGUUUUCCACAGGCUGCCUUCUCUGCCUUAUACAAGUUCUCUUUUGUACUUUCAUCAUCAUGUGUUCUCUUUAACUCCGUCUCUGCACUCAAGUCCAAAACUCUGAUCACAAAUGAACCUUUGUGUGGUUGAAAAAAACCCCAACUUUUUAAUUGCAGUUCUAGCCACGAGAGCACCAAGCUGAUUCCAGUUUCAUAGUCGGUUGACUCUGUGCAUGGGUGAAAUGUAUUUAGUGCCAUCGGUUGUUUCCUUGUGUUAUUUUGCACUGCACUGAGAGAGAGAGGAAAUGCACACGUUCUUUUGAAAUUGCAUGCAUGUGUUAUAAUAAUAAACGAGUGAUUUACACUA